AUGUCUACUUCCUCCGCACCGGACACCACCGAGUUCGAGCGCAUGCUCAGAUGUGAAUCCUACCACGCUGGGGAUCCGUACAUACGCAAGGUUGCCGACGAACAAGCCGUUAGACUCGACGAAAUUAACGCAGAGGCGGAUGUAGCGCGCCGAAGCGCCCUACUGAAGGAUUUCUUCAAAGUUGAGGGCGAUGAGGCAGAGAAGAAGAAGGCGAGGGUGGUCAUCGUUCCGCCUUUCUUCUGCGAAUAUGUAAGUGUCUUGUGCGAGUUGUAUGAUGGCAUUGAUGAAGUGGUAACUCUACAGGGGUUCAAUAUCACCGUCGGCGGAGACCUGUUCAUCCAUAAGGGCUGCACGAUACUCGACGUCGGACCUGUACGCAUCGGAGCGCGCACACUAAUUGGGCCAAACGUCCAAAUUUACACCCCUACGCACCCCCUAUCACCGGAGGAGCGCAACGGCUUGGACGGACCCGAAGCAUCUAAACCAAUAACUAUCGGGAAGGACUGCUGGGUCGGAGGCGGUACAAUCAUCCUCCCAGGUGUGAACAUCGGAGAUGGCGUUACAAUAGGUGCUGGGAGUGUCGUCACAAAGGACGUAGAAAGCAGAACGGUCGUGGCGGGGAACCCUGCCAGGUUCAUCAAGUCCAUUUGA